AUGGCCGAACCCGACGCCUCCGUCAACAACUUUCCCCAAGACCCCUCCGACUUCGACUCCAACCCGCGCAUAUCCUUCUCCAAGCUCGACGACAAGUACAUCCUGGAAACAGAGGACGGGAAUGAGUUCGAAUGGGAUACCGCGCUGAAGCGGUGGAUUCAAACGCUCGACGAAGACCUCCUCCGCAAACAACAAGAAGCAUACAAAGUCGAAGGCGUCGACGAGAACGAGCAGAUCACAGCGCAGCAGUUGAAGAAGAAGCGGAAACAGCAGGCUCUCGACGAUGAAUCCCAAAAAGCCAAAAAACAACGCACCAACACCGCCGUCUACGUAACCUCUCUCCCCCUCGAUGCCACUUUCACCGAAAUUCGCGACCUCUUCUCGAAAUGCGGCGUGAUCGCAGAGGAAAUCGACAGCGGGCGCGAACGCAUCAAGAUGUACACGGACGAUAACGGGGCUUUUAAGGGUGAAGCACUAGUUGUAUAUUUUCGCCCUGAGUCUGUGAACCUCGCAAUUCAGAUGCUUGAUGACUCGGAUUUUCGACUCGGGCAGACGGGACCGACGGGGCUGAUGAGGGUGCAGGCUGCGGAUUUCUCGUUUAAGAGUCAGCGCGAGGCGCCGGUGCAGAGUAAUAAUAGGGAUAAGAAGAAGAUCAUCGCGAGGACGCAAAAAUUGAACAGCAAACUGGCGGACUGGGACGACGACGACCCUUCGAUAAUGGCGAAUACGAGCUCGAAGUUAGAAAAGGUUGUUAUUCUUAAGCACAUGUUUACACUGGAGGAGAUAAAGGAGGACCCCGCCGCUAUCCUCGACAUCAAAGAAGACAUCCGCGACGAAUGCUCCAAACUCGGCGAAAUAACCAACGUGGUCCUCUACGACAAAGAACCAGAGGGUGUGGUCAGUGUGCGCUUUCAAGAUCCUGAAGCUGCGAGAGCUUGUAUUCAGGUCAUGGAUGGCCGCUACUUCGCCGGCACCCGCGUCGAAGCAUACGUCUCAUCCGGAAAAGAAAAGUUCAAGAAAAGUAACGAGAAGCGCGAGGCACUGGAGGACAUGGCUGAACGCGGCCUUGAUGCAAAAGAUGAAGAGGAGGAAUCCAGACUGGAUGAGUUUGGGACGUGGUUGGAAAGUUCGCAUGUUGUUGAGAAUACGGCCAAGUAG